CCCGCACUUCCCUCCUCGCUCCCGCGCCCCCACGCAAGCGCACACUCGCACUCUCUAGGCGCGCAGCCGGUACAAAUCGUGCGUACCGGCGUCAGUCACGCACGGUGCCUUUCGCCCACACGCGCGCGCGUCCACGCCGAGCUGAGCUGAGCUGAGCAGGGGCCUGUUCGACCGGCAAUGGCGGGAGCCCUCUCGUGCGCCGGCCUGCUGGCGGUGGUCGCGCUCGCGUGCGUCCUCGACGCCGCGACCGCGCAGCUGCGGCAGAACUACUACGCCAGCAGCUGCCCCAGCGCCGAGUCCACCGUGCGCUCCGUCAUCUCGCAGCACGUGCAGCAGAGCUUCGCCGUCGCGCCCGGCACCCUCCGCCUCUUCUUCCACGACUGCUUCGUCCGCGGGUGCGACGCGUCGGUGAUGCUGAUGGCGGCGAACGGGGACGACGAGAGCCACAGCGGCGCGGACGCCACGCUGUCGCCCGACGCCGUGGAGGCCAUCAACAAGGCCAAGGCCGCCGUCGAGGCGCUCCCCGGGUGCGCCGGCAAGGUCUCCUGCGCCGACAUCCUCGCCAUGGCCGCGCGCGACGUCGUCUCCCUGACUGGCGGGCCGAGCUACGGCGUGGAGCUGGGCCGGCUGGACGGCAGGUCGUUCAGCAAGUCCAUCGUGAAGCACGUCCUCCCGGGCCCCGGCUUCGACCUCAACCAGCUCAACGCGCUCUUCGCCAGCAACGGCCUCACCCAGUUCGACAUGAUCGCGCUCUCCGGUGCGCACACGAUCGGGGUGACGCACUGCGACAAGUUCGUGCGGCGGAUCUACACGUUCAAGCAGCGGCUGCGGUACAACCCGCCGAUGAACCUCGACUUUUUGCGGUCGCUGCGCAAGGUGUGCCCCAUGAACUACCCGCCCACGGCGUUCGCCAUGCUGGACGUGACCACGCCCAAGACCUUCGACAACGCCUACUUCGACAACCUCCGGUACCAGAAGGGCCUGCUCGCCUCCGACCAGGUGCUCUUCACCGACCGCCGCUCCCGCCCCACCGUCAACCUCUUCGCCGCCAACUCCUCCGCCUUCUUCGACGCCUUCGUCGCCGCCAUGGCCAAGCUCGGCCGGAUCGGGGUCAAGACCGGCUCCGGCGGCGAGGUGCGCCGGGUCUGCACCGCCGUCAACUAGCUACCGUUCGGUGCGGUCGUGUGUGUGUUAGCCUUGGGCCCGUAGCUAGGUUGGUGAAUCAUUACAUGUGAUGCAGCGCAGAUGCAGGGUGUUUUUGCUUGUGUGUGUGCGUUAGUGUGCUCAUACGCUACGUUUUGUGGUGGGAUUGUGUUAGCCAUUCUUUGAUGGGGAUGUGGUAUGGAAUGGAUUAUUAGUCACAUGGUAAUUACGCUGAAACAAAUGCAAGCACUCUGCUGGAUGUGAAA